AUGGCUGAUGCAAUUCUUUCUGCUCUCGCGAGUACAAUCAUGGGGAACUUGAAUUCCCCAAUUCUUCAAGAGCUUGGACUUGCUGGGGGCCUAACGACCGAGCUUGAAAAUCUCAAGCGCACGUUCAGAACCAUUCAAGCUGUGCUGCAAGAUGCAGAGGAGAAGCAGUGGAAGAGUGAGCCUAUCAAGGUGUGGCUCAGCGACCUCAAGGAUGCAGCUUAUGUUGUUGAUGAUGUACUGGAUGACUUUGCAAUUGAAGCUAAGUGGCUUCUGCAGCGAAGAGAUCUCCAAAAUCGAGUAAGAUCCUUCUUUUCUAGCAAACAUAAUCCACUUGUUUUUCGACAAAGGAUGGCUCAUAAAUUGAAGAAUGUUAGAGAAAAACUAGAUGCCAUUGCCAAGGAGAGACAAAAUUUCCACCUAACAGAGGGGGCUGUGGAGAUGGAAGCAGAUAGUUUUUUUCAGCGUCAGACUUGGUCUUUGGUGAAUGAAUCAGAAAUUUAUGGGAGAGGCAAGGAGAAAGAGGAACUAAUCAACGUGCUGCUCCCUACUUCAGGUGAUCUCCCUAUUCAUGCUAUAAGGGGGAUGGGGGGGAUGGGUAAAACAACACUUGUUCAACUGGUCUUCAAUGAAGAAAGUGUCAAACAGCAAUUCAGUUUGAGGAUCUGGGUGUGUGUAUCUACUGAUUUCGAUCUCAGAAGAUUAACAAGAGCCAUCAUAGAGUCCAUUGAUGGUGCCUCUUGUGAUCUUCAAGAAUUGGAUCCCUUGCAACGAUGCCUCCAACAGAAGUUAACUGGAAAGAAGUUUUUGCUUGUAUUGGAUGAUGUGUGGGAAGAUUAUACUGAUUGGUGGAGUCAAUUGAAGGAGGUAUUAAGGUGUGGAUCUAAAGGUAGUGCUGUCAUAGUAACUACGCGUAUUGAGAUUGUUGCUCUUAGAAUGGCAACAGCUUUUGUCAAGCACAUGGGGAGAUUGUCUGAAGAAGAUUCCUGGCAUUUGUUUCAACGGCUUGCAUUCGGGAUGAGAAGGAAAGAGGAGCGGGCACACCUGGAAGCCAUUGGAGUAUCAAUAGUGAAGAAGUGUGGUGGUGUUCCUUUAGCUAUAAAGGCACUCGGGAACCUAAUGCGGCUAAAAGAUAAUGAAGAUCAGUGGAUAGCUGUCAAAGAAAGUGAGAUUUGGGAUCUAAGAGAAGAAGCAAGCAAGAUUUUACCUGCUUUGAGGUUGAGUUACACUAAUCUAUCACCACAUUUGAAGCAAUGCUUUACGUAUUGCGCUAUAUUUCCAAAAGAUCACGUGAUGAGGAGGGAGGAGUUGGUUGCUUUGUGGAUGGCAAAUGGUUUUAUUUCUUGCAGAAGAGAAAUGGAUUUGCACGUUAUGGGCAUUGAGAUAUUCAAUGAACUAGUGGGAAGGUCAUUUCUGCAAGAGGUCGAGGAUGAUGGAUUUGGCAACAUAACAUGUAAAAUGCAUGAUCUUAUGCAUGAUCUUGCACAAUCCAUUGCAGUACAAGAAUGCUAUAUGAGUACAGAAGGCGAUGGGAAGUUGGAAAUUCCUAAAACUGUCCGUCAUGUAGCUUUUUAUAACAAAUCAGGAGCUUCGUCUUCUGAAGUUCUCAAGGUCCUAUCACUUCGUUCACUUCUUUUGAGGAAUGAUGCUCUUCGAAAUGAAUGGGGAAAGUUUCUUAGUCGAAAACAUCGAGCCUUGAGAUUAAUAAAUGUCCGGGUGGAGAAUUUUCCGAAGUCAAUUUGUGAUUUGAAACAUCUAAGGUAUCUAGAUGUAUCAGGCUCCGAGUUCAAAACACUGCCUGAAAGUAUAACCUCACUCCAAAACCUCCAGACACUAGAUUUGAGAUAUUGCAGAGAACUCAUCCAAUUACCAAAAGGUAUGAAGCACAUGAAAAGUCUUGUCUAUCUUGACAUCACAUAUUGCUGUUCACUUCAAUUUAUGCCUGCUGGAAUGGGGCAAUUGAUAUGCCUACGAAAACUUACCCUGUUCAUUGUGGGUGGGGAGAAUGGUCGUGGCAUAAGUGAGCUGGAAUGGCUGAAUAAUCUUGCUGGUGAAUUGAGUAUCGCAGAUCUUGUGAAUGUUAAGAAUUUAGAAGAUGCCAAAAGUGCCAAUUUGAAGUUGAAGACGGCUCUUUUAUCACUGACUUUAUCUUGGCAUGGGAAUGGAUCUUACCUUUUUAACCCUUGGUCAUUUGUGCCACCGCAACAAAGAAAGAGUGUUAUUCAGGUAAAUAACGAGGAGGUCCUUGCAGGGCUUCAACCUCAUUCAAAUCUGAAGAAGUUGAAGAUAUUUGGAUAUGGAGGUUCAAGAUUUCCUAAUUGGAUGAUGAACUUGAACAUGACGCUACCAAAUCUGGUAGAGAUGGAGCUAUCAGCAUUUCCCAACUGUGAACAACUUCCACCAUUGGGGCAACUACAGUUGCUCAAGAGUCUUAAAGUAUGGGGAAUGGAUGGUGUGAAGAGUAUUGACAGCAAUGUGUAUGGAGAUGGGCAGAAUCCAUCCCCAGUUGUUCACAGUACUUUUCCUCGCCUUCAAGAAUUGAAGAUAUUUUCUUGCCCUCUGUUGAACGAAAUACCAAUUAUACCCUCCCUUAAAAAAUUAGACAUCUGGGGAGGUAAUGCUUCGUCGCUGAUAUCAGUUAGGAAUCUCUCUUCGAUCACCUCCCUUAUUAUAGAACAGAUUCCAAAAGUGAGGGAGCUUCCCGAUGGGAUUUUGCAAAAUCAUACCCUCCUUGAAAGCUUAGUAAUUGGUGGGAUGCGAGAUCUGGAGUCUUUGUCAAAUAGGGUAUUAGAUAACCUUUCUGCUCUUAAAAGCUUGACUAUUGGGGGUUGUGAUGAACUUGAAAGCUUGCCAGAGGAAGGUCUUCGUAACCUCAAUUCCUUGGAGGUUUUAGAGAUAAUUAAGUGUGGAAGAUUAAAUUGUCUGCCAAUGAAUGGGCUGUGUGGCUUAUCUUCUCUUCGCAAGUUAUCUGUUGUAGGUUGUGAUAAAUUCACAUCUCUAUCAGAGGGAGUGCAGCAUCUGACGGUACUUGAGGAUUUGGAGCUUGUUAAUUGUCCAGAGCUGAAUUCAUUGCCAGAGAGUAUCCAACAUCUCACUUCUCUCCGAUCUCUAUUCAUUGAGGGUUGUCCAAAUUUGAAGAAAAGGUGUGAGAAAGAUUUAGGAGAGGACUGGCCUAAGAUAGCUCACAUUCCUAAGAUUAACAUUCAAUGAGAAUAAAAUAUGUAUUUUUUUAGUUUUAAUUUGUUGUAAUUGUUUAAAUAACUUUAUCAAAUUCAUUAUUGUUAUAUUUUUCAUAUAAA